CUAGGAGCCGGGGCGAGUCCUGGAGGCUGCGUGAUGGCUGAUGUCCCGGAGGAUUACCACUCGGAUUCGGAAGAAGAGCUUAAGAGACGGCAGUCCCUUCCUUCGGAAGGAGAUGGCGGCCCGCAGCUGCCUGCAGAGGCGGCUGGGCCCCCCGACGAGGCCCCGGGAGCCCCGGGAAGCCUGGGGCUUGAGUUUCCCCAGGUGCUUGAGCUCCCCACGUGGGUGCCUGGCACCCAGGAGCUUGGGGAGGAAGGCGAGCUGCCCCAGGACGUGGAGCUUUCUGUGCAAGGAGCCCGGGAGCCCGAAGAGAGGGAAGAAAUAGCCUUCAAGGACAUGGCGCCUUCAGGGACAGAAGCACAGGAACCCGGAGAGGUGGAAGGCGACAUCUUCAAGGACACAGAGCCUGCAGGGACAGAAACACAUGAAGCUAGAGAGAUGGGAGGCGACAUCUUAACAGAUUCGGAGCCUGCAUGGACAGAAGCACAUGAGACCGGAGAGAUGGGAGGCGACAUCUUAAAAGAUUUGGAGCCUGCAGGGGCAGAAACACAUGAGGCCAGAGGGGUUGGAGGUGACAUGUUCAAGAGCAUGGAGCCUUCUGGGGCAGAAGCUCAGGAGCCCGGGGAGGUGCAAAGCGACAUCUUAAAAGACGUGGAGCCGUCGCCGUCGGGGACAGAGGCUCAUGAACCCAGAGAGAUGGAAGGGGACAUUUUCAAGGCCAUGGAGCCUUCAGGGGCAGAAGCUCAGGAGCCCAGCGAGAUGGAAGGUGAGCUCUUCAGGGACUUGGAGCCUUCUGUGACAGAGACGCACGAGCCCGGAGAGAUGGAAAGAGACCUUUUCACGGACUUGGAGCCUUCUGUGACAGAGACUCACGAGCCCGGAGAGAUGGAAAGAGACCUUUUCACGGACUUGGAGCCUUCAGAGGCAGAAGCUCAGGAGCCCAGAGAGAUGGGAGGUGAGCUCUUCAAAGACCUGGAGCUGCUCCCAGAGGAAGCCGCUAAGCCCACAGAGAUGGAAGAUUUUUCCAAGGACUUGCAACCCUCUAGGGGUGAAGCCCCUGAACUCAGAGAGAAGGAAGAAGACUCUUUCAAAGACUUGGAGUUUUUUGUGACAGAAACCCCUGAGGCCAGAAAAAUAGAAGAAGAGCUUAUCAAGGACUCAGAGCUCACUGUGGAUGACAACCAUGAGGCACCGACAGAGGCCACACCACAUGAUGCAGACGGUGCCCCCAUAGAGACACCCAGGGAAGCAGAGCCACAGGCAGUAGAGGCAACUGAGUCAAAGGCUCUGGAAGCCACCAUCAGUGAGACUGGGCGGGGACCUCUCCAGCAGACCAGAUCAGAAUCCCCAAGACAGUUAGCUGGAGAAGUAGAUCAACAACCACCCCCGAUGGUCACACCAGAAGUUCCCGAAGAAACUCAAAGAAAGCCACCAGAGGAAGAAAAAGGAGAGUUAUCAGAGCAGGUCACACCAGCGUUACCAGAGGAGAGGCCAAGAGAAUCUACUGGAAAGAUAGAUCUAGAGAUUCCAGAGGAAGCUCACAGGAAGUCAACUGAGGAGAACGUUCCAGAGCCACUGGAAGAGAAAAAAACAGAGCUUCCUGAAGAAAAAUGGAGAGAGCCAGCAGAGGAGACACGUCUUGAGCCAUUAGGAAUGACCACUCUAGAAGUCCAACAGGAAACAGAAAGAAAAUUGCCUGAAGAGAAAGUUCUAGCACCACCAGAGGACAUUAACUCUGAAGGUCAGAAAGAAAAGCAGAGCAAAUUAGCUGAGGCAGAGACAAGGCUGCCACCACCACAGACGUUCACAGGAAAGGAGACACGAAGACAGUCAACUGAAGGGAAAGGUCCAGAACCACCGAAACAGCCUAAGGCAGAGGUUCCCAUGAAAGAACGAAGAAACUCAGUUGAGAAAACAAGUCAGUUGCCCCAGCUGGAAAUCAAGCCAGAGGUUCAACAAAAGAUCCAGACAGAGCCAGUUAGGAAAGAAAGAGGCUUGCCAGAUGUUGCCAUCUCAAGGCAAAAGGGAGAAACACACAAACAUUUUGCCCGAGAGGAUGAGCCAAAACCACUCAAACAUCUGGAUUCUGUAGGAGACAAACUAGAGUCCCUCCCCCUUCAAGGGAUAUCAGGAAAAGAAAGAAAGCAAAUUCCAAGAGAUUCUGUGUCGUGGUCUCUCCCAAGAAGUCGAGUAGACUCGGUGAACCUCCUGCAUGAGUCUCAGGGUGAUUUAACAGAGUCUCUAAGUGAUGAGGACGAGGACAAGGAUUUGUCCUCAGAGUCGAAGAAACUUGUACCUGAAGAUAUGGAAAAGAAACCCCCCAAACAGACUGAUUCACACUUUGAGUUUCUUAACUGGAGCCCAGACAAUGUUGCAGAGUGGAUUGGCCAGCUAGGCUUCCCACAAUACAAGGAGUGUUUCACGACAAACUUCAUCAGUGGUCGAAAGCUGAUCCAUAUAAACUGCUCAAACCUCCCUCAGAUAGGCGUAACAGAUUUUAAUGACAUGAAGGUGAUUUCUUGGCACACGCGGGAGCUGCUGGGGGUUGAGGAGCCGCAGUUCAGCCGCAGCAUCAGCCUCCCCCACAGGGACAACGUUGGCUUGUUUUUAGAGCAGAAAAGCCACACUGGGGUCAAGUCUGAUGCCUUGACCCUGUCUGAGUUCAUGGAGGCAGCUGGGUUGGAGGAGGAAGACCCCUGAGGAGACCGGCAGGGAAAAGCCAUCUUGCCCACCCGGGAAAUGAAACUAAACUCCUUGGGGGAAGAAGUGUGGUCUUCUGCGGGUUUUUCUUUUUCCUCUUUUUAGAACUGCUGGCCAGUGGGGGCCAGGUGGUAGCGUACAUAGUGCAAAGACCAAGAACUGGAGCAGGGAUCCUGGUUCCAGC